AAAAAUAUUUAAUCCAAAUUCUUGUCUCAUGAAUUUGAUUUAAAAAUUGAGAAAAAGGCUCUUCCAUGAAUGGAAGAACAACUAAGCUCUGUCAAGAAGAAGAAGAAGAAGAAAGGCGAAGCAAGAAUCAUACAAUACAAAACCUCAUAUGAUUCGUUUCUUCUCUCUUCUUCAUUCCCUCUCCCCAAUCACUUCCCCUCUAUAAUUUCGUCAAUUCCCCUUCUCUCUCCGCAUUGAAUCCCUCGUUAUCUCGCUGGUAUUUCCACGUCUAUGUGUCGUCUCCUUCUGCAGCGUUCAUUUCAUAGCAACAACUCGGAGUUGAGUGAUCAAUUUCUCGAAAUCCGCUUCGUUUCCGCCUAAACGAACUCAAACUAGAAAACCUCUCGCAUGUUGCAAGAGAGCUUGAUGGAAGGGAAACAACAACUAGAUUUCCACCGUCCCCUUCUAUCCAUUAGGCGGCCCGAGAACGCGACAAGAUCUCGUGAUUCAGCACCCGGUAUGUUUGAUCCUCCGGUUCACAAGUCUGAGACAAGAUCAGGUCCUGUCCGAAACCCGGGAACUAUCCCCUUUCAUUGGGAGCACAAGCCAGGAAAACCAAAAGGUGAAAGCGGAUCAGGCAUGAAGCAACACUUUGCGCCGAAGCUUCCUCCUGGUCGGACAUUGAAUCCUCAAGAUCAAGAGCCGGGGAGAAAGGCUGAAACUAAAGUUUCUGUCCAUAUGAAAAGGGGGAAUGUUUCGGCUUACGAGAGCCCCGUUGCUGAAGGUACAAAAAGUUACGAUGAGGAUGCAAGAUCUGAAUCAUUCUUCUUGAACUGCAGUGCCAGUGGUGUAAAUGGGUCAGAUGGUCCAGAAACAAAGCCCUCGGGAAUCUUCUCAAGCGAUCCACAAACGCGGGAUCUCUUGAUGGGACAGGCUAAAGCCAUGGCAUCAGAAACACCUCAGCAUCUGUCUGGAAACCCGCCUUUACCACCAAAAGAACAGCCAAGGCAAAUGAAGAAGGUCAUUCCCGUGAGAAUGCAAGCCCAAAGGGCUGUUUCUGUGCGUAGUUUGCGUCGCAUUUUUCCGAACUCUACACAUUAUCAUGAAAAUGACUACAAGCAUGUCAAUGGAGCUCGACAGGAACAGAGGUCAACCCAGACAUGCCAGAAAACAGAUAUGCAAGAAGACAAGGUGAAGUCAAGCACACAACCUAACCAAAGUGCUUGUGAAACACAGAAACAAAAUGGGUCGGUUCUACAAGGAUCUCCUAAAGCUGAAGGAAAGGAGAAACCUGAGAAUUUUCAGACCAGUACAAACGAUUCACGUAGUAAAACCAGCAAAAACUUUGGAGAGCUAUUGGCCAGUGAUGAUAAUACAUUGGAACUUUGCCUCGAGAAAACUUUGUAUGUAGAUACUGUACAUACGGCCAAACCCCCAGACACAGACGCAAAGGUACAAGUCAAGUCCAAGUGUCAUUCACCGGUCCAGGAGUUGAGUGAAUGCAGAAGCCUAAAAGUGAAUGCCCAUCAAAAUGCUCGAUCCGAAACUGAAGUGCCAAGCAAGAAAUGCAUGCAAGAACCGGAUGAGACUGGCGAGGAUAAGAAUGAUCUAAAAAGUUCCAAUGGCCGUCAACACCUUCUUCCUCUGCCAUUGCUAAAAGCUCCUUCAGAUUCAUGGCUGAAGCGUACUUUGCCUACAAUGUCGUCCAAGAACUCGCUUGGCAGUGAAACCUUCACAAAGAUUCGAGCCCGUCCAAAGUGGGAGACAAUGGUCAAGACAUCCAAUACAGGGCAGGGACUUAAGAUGAUGAUGAUCCACUAUUCCAGGAGAAACUCAACUCUAUACCAGAGGCAUAGCCAAAAGCAAAAUCCUGAAAUCUUCUCUCCUGAGGUAAUUCAGAGACUGUAAAAUCUUUCUUCUUUCACAGGAAUGAGGAAUAAAUCAAGAUUCUCCUGUAAAUUUCACCAAUUAUAAAGGACCAUCUAAAUGGGAUUUUUACCUCUCUCUUAAAUUCUUUUAUGUAAAUGUAAACCGAAAGAUUCAACAAAGAGGAGGCUGAUCAAGAGAAUGCCACUCUUGGAAAAUGUUUAUGAACUCUGUACAGACAGCUCAUGUGAUAUUUCCUCCAUCUGCCAUUUCUGUCCUC